UACAUUCGAAGAAAAGCUAUGAUAACAAACAUAUGCAAUAUAUCGUUUCUUUAUAGCGGACAUAUUUAACAAUGAUUUAUGGCAAAAAUAUAAUAGUUAAUUGGCGAAGUAUGUUGUGCCGAUAUAACCAGCUCAUUUAGUGUUUGAUUCAAAAUCACCAUUUGGAAUUUUGGAAUUUCGCAAAUGGAUGGAUUUACAGGUGUGGAUUUCAAGAAAGGGCUCUCGCGAUUUGUGCAUACGCUGCUCGAUUCCUCGUCGAAGUUAGUAGAAGUGGAACAAGUUUUUGAACCAAAACCAGCUCCCGAUGUACGUCAGUUUACGUUAGAAGACGUCAGCUUCCACUCCGAUGCGUCAUCAUGUUGGAUUGUGAUUGCCGAUAAAGUAUAUGACGUCACGGACUUUUUGGAUACGCAUCCAGGAGGCGAGGAAAUAAUUCUGGAGAACGCAGGAUUGGACGCGACCAUUUCAUUCCAGUCAAAGGGCCACUUCGCAUCUGCGGUCGACACGAUGGCGAAAUACUGCAUAGGCGAGUUGGAACACCAAUGCCCUCCCAGCCCAACCCCCACCCUCACAAGGGCCGACUACAAGGCAAGGUCAAAGAAGCAUUGCGUCCUAUGCAACCGCUACGAGCACGCACCAGUCAGUCUCAGGAGAUAUGAAUAG